AUGGUCGUCGAGUUACAAAGUUGCACUGAUGGGCAUCGUGAGCCGAGCAGGAGGUCGACCCCGGGUGCCGAGGCAAUAGUGCGCUGGAGAAUACUGGAUUCGAGCGGGAGGAGUAGUCUCGGCGCCGGGGGCAAAAUCGAGAAUGGGGAAAUAGUGCGUCGGCGGGUAUCGAGAGUCGAGGGCGAUGGUGAGCUCGGGCAUCAGGAUCCAGACGGGAAGAGGAGUCUUGGCAUCAGGUGCAAAAUCGAGCCCUGGGAAAUAGUGCACCGGCGGGUACCGAGAGUGUAG